AUGAGUCUCAACUGCUUGAAUUGCCAGAUCCUGAAAAGAACAGAUUCAGACAAUGAUAUAGAUCAUCAUUGUGCUAAACCAAUAUAUACAAGGAAAAUUCGCUCCAAAGAUUGUAGAAGUAAGUCCGAGAUAAGCCCCGCCGUUUAUGAACAACUCAGAAGGGAAGAUCCAAUCAUGCCGGUGAUCGGUUCGAAGAAGGGUCACCAUCGCCGCCUAAAUACGAUCGAUAACGGAGCAGUGGCGUUCGAAGUUGACGGUAACCCUAGGCUGCUGAGGAGCCCUGGGAUGAGGAGGGAUUGGAGCUUUGAGAUGAAAAGAUGA